AUGAAGGAUGUGACGUCGCUCAGACUACAAAGGCCCGGGCUUCCCUAAAUAAUUCUUCCUGAAUUAAUACUGAAUUUAUUCAUGCCUCGACCCAGUACGUCGCUACUUUACUGGGCUUAAACACCACCAGGAAACUUAAGACUUCGUGUCAGCAUUAAAAACUCGCCUGGGUGCACUUUGAAGCUUCUGCAACUAGCUUAGUUUAGCUCAGUUUGCUAGCUGUGAACAAAGAGGCACGUUUGUGAGCAACACAUCGCUCAGCACAGAUAGCGUGUCCGUGAAAAGUGUCGUGAAAAUGUGGGCAAAAAGUGUGAAAGAAGAACAGUACGAGGAGGAAUUCGCUGGAACUGAAGAAAAAGAGCGACAAAGUCAACAACUGGACGCCGUUUUCAAGAAGCCUCAAGUUGUGUUACGCAGGGCAGACCUCAGUGAAGAAGAUCGUCAUCCUGAGCAGCAGGAGUGGAGCUCCAGAUACGAGCCAGGUUCCCGCCGAAUCAAAGAGGAAGAGGAGCCAGCGUCCCGCUGCAUUAAAGAAGAGGAGGAGGACGCUGACAUCACUGAGUUGCCUUGGUCUUGCGUCAUUGUGAAGCUUGAAGGUGAUGGAGAAGACCACUGUGGAGGAUCACAAGCAGAAAGCUUCUUAGCGCCACGAUCACAUAGUGGCGACACAACAUCAGAUGAUGAUGAUGAGGAGGAGGAGGAGGAGGAGGAGGAAUUCUCUAAAGGUGAUAUGUCUCAUGACAGGGACAACAAACACUUGAAGUGCUCCCAGUGUGACAAAACGUUUAGUACAAAGUACGCUUUGAGAGUGCACAAGAGAACACACGCUGGAAAGGAACGAUUCUCCUGCUCAUUUUGUGGUAAAAGAUUCAUUCAGAAGGGGCAUUUCAACGCACACACAAGGACACACACUGGGGAGAAGCCUUUUUCCUGCUCGGUUUGUGGUAAAAGAUUCACUCAGAAGGGACAUUUCAACGCACACACAAGGACACACACUGGGGAGAAGCCUUUUUCCUGCUCAGUUUGUGGUAAAAAAUUCACUCAGAAGGGACAUUUCAACACACACACGAGGACACACACUGGAGAGAAGCCUUUUGCCUGCUCAGUUUGUGGUAAAAGAUUCACUCAGAAAGGAUAUUUGGGAACACACGCAAGGACACACACUGGAGAAAAUCCUUUUGCUUGCUCAAUUUGUGGUCUUACACUUACUCAGAAGUCCAAUUUAAUAAUUCACACGAGGACACACACUGGAGAGAAACCUUUUGCUUGCUCAGUUUGUGGUAAAAGUUUCUCAAUCAAGAAAAGUUUAAUAGUCCACACGAGAACACACACUGGGGAGAAGCCUUUUGCCUGCUCAGUUUGUGGUCAUAGCUUUUCUACAAAGGGACAUUUAAGACGACACACAAGAACACACACUGGAGAGAAACCUUUUUCCUGCUUAGUGUGUGGUCUUCGAUUAACUCAAAAGAAUAAUUUAACUAAGCACAUGAGAACGCACACUGGGGAGAAACCUUUUGCGUGCUCGGUUUGUGGUAAAACAUUCGCUCAGAAGGCCCAAUUAAACACACACACAAGAACACACACAGGGGAGAAACCCUUUUCCUGUUCAGUCUGCACCUACAGCUUCAGUGAACGUUCAAAACUGGUUAAGCACAUGAGAACACACACUGGUGAGAAAGUGUACUGCUGCAGUGUGUGUGAUGAAAGAUUCUCUCAUAAGUAUCAGCUUGACAAACAUGGGUGUUUUGGUCAACCACUGAUGGCUUUGAGUAUUGUAUAAUAUUUAAGAAUUCUUGGGUGUAUAAACGCAAGUUCCUAUUAUUACUGGCAUAUAUAUGUUGCUACUCAUUUACAGUGAAUACUUUGACUUGCAAGUUUAAUUUAUUUCUUGAUUAGGCUUUUAACUCAAUUUACUGACCCACUGAAUGAAUGGAAAUGUCACUAAUCUGUUAAAGCUCCCCACCACCCCCCCAAAAAAACAAGAUUUUGUUUUGUUUGUAUUAAAGAAAAUAAUACUUUAAUAUAUAAUAAAAAAGAAUGUAAAUAAAUAUUCUUGUUUUAUCAAUUGUGAUUACUGUACAUCCUAUAGUAUUUACGUGUUGGAUGUGUGCCUUUAAGGGCCUCAUUCUGAUUUUAAUGGGGGGGGGGGGAGUUUCUCGGUUCAUUCGUAUUGUAAAUACCAAAUUGUCAAAAAGGGUAUCGAUUGAGAUAGAUAUUGAUAUACAUUGGAAAAAAAGCAAAAUCAAAAUAAAAACCACAUUUAAA